AUGACUGUUAUGGAAUUGACGCCACGUUCGCGCUGUGCCAAUGUAACCAUGACUGCCGUGAUACACGAGGGAGGUGUCCAGCCCAAGGUCUCCUUCUUGUCACCACCGUCUUUGUUUCAGGACAACCCCAAAUUAUACUGUUGCAUGACUUAUGACUGCCUGUCCCUCGACACGCGAGGAACCGGCGCCUUCUGGGGCUUCGAAAUGUGGCGCUCUGAGUCCCUUGCUCUUCAGGCUAGCUAUCUUCCCGACAGGCAGCUCGUCCCCGGACAGAGCACGAUGUCGUUUGACGGCACAAAGGCCCUUCCUCGUUAUAUCAUCAACCGGGAUCGAUUCCAAUUCAUGCAUGACCUCACGAAGCGGAACUUGGAACAUGUCAAGCGGGUUGUAUCUGCCUUGAAGCACCAUGCGCUUGGCUGCAAACUGCGUGCCCCAGGCACAAUGCUUACAGGGAUUUCCGGCUGUUGCAAGCAUCUGCAAGACUUCGCCCUGCAUUCGGUUCCGUCCUCUCUCAAGUAG